UUUUUACUUUUUUUUUUUGCCUACCAUGUUGGGAUCCCGUCAGUAAAAGAAUAAAACAAAAGGAAAAAGAAGAAAGAAGAAAAAAAAGGCCGCUGUAUCCUGGUAUGCCUCGCGGUUGGAAGAAGGGUGCUUCAUCACAAGAAGCUUCUUGACUGUGGUUCGGAUGACUGAUAGGAGGUAUCUUGUCCUCCUAUCAGCCUUUUUUUUUUGUAAGGUCGCUAUGCCAGUUUGAAUACAAUGCGACCUACUAUCGUACGUAUGGUUUUGCUGCCAAAUUGUUGGCUGCAGAUCCACCACAGAGCAAGAUUGAACGGAAGCUCUGUGGUGGAAGACGGGACUCCAGCGCAAAGGCUUUCGAUCGGUUCGAUCUUGUUCUUGAUUCUUGUUAUUUGGUUUGUGACUGGAUGGACGUCCCUGGAUGGAUGCUUAAUUGCAAUCCAUCCAGUCAAGAAGUUCUUCUUCUUUAUCCACUUGCAUGGGAUCGUUAUUUUGUUGAGGAUGACGAGUUGCGCUUUCUCUAGAAGAAACAUUAGUAUAAAAGUAUGGCAAUGACCUUAUCGCUUUACUUACGGAUUUAAACUGGGACAUGGUAAAUAAAUAAUGAG